CACCGAGCUCAGGUUACGAUCUGACCGAUUCUUCCCCAAUUUGAUCACGAAAUUAGGUCACAUCGUGUAUUAGUAAAACUUAAGGAUGCUUUUCCGCUCGGUCGUUGACGGACAAGUUGGCAGACGGAGGCAGAAUGCCCUCCCUGUUAACUCCCUGCCCAGGUAUCCUCUGAGCUCCCUGCUACCAGGCUUCCAGUGUGUCCGACAUGAUGAAUACAUCUCCUACGGGAACCUGGGAGAUACAGUGCCCCCGUUUGGAUUAGCCUUCUCCUCUGCCACGAACCUGCAGAACAUCCUCACUGUUGCAAAUGAAGAAGGCAUCGUUAGAAUCUACAACACGGAGAGCCGAGAAAAUGUGCUUCUUAAAGAGUGGCUGGCUCAUGAGAAUGCUGUGUUUGACAUCGCCUGGGUUCCGGGAGAGCCUCAGUUGGUGACUGCUGCUGGUGACCAAAUGGCUCGGCUUUGGGAUGUGAAGUCAGGGGAACUGUUGGGCAGCUUCAAGGGUCACCUCUGCAGCCUCAAGUCUGUUGCAUUCACACCAGAAGAGAAAGCUGUUUUCUGUACUGGAGCCAGAGAUGGAAAUAUUAUGGUCUGGGACACCAGGUGCAGCAAAAAAGAUGGUUUCUACAAACAGGUCAAACAGAUCAGUGGAGCCCACAACAAAGCAGAGACAACUCUCCCAUCUAAGACAAAGAAAAGGCGAAACGGAGCACGUGGCAUGGCUCCCAGUGUGGAUACACAGCAGAGCGUCACAGUGGUCGUGUUUCGGGAUCAACACACCCUCAUCUCCUCUGGGGCUGUCGAUGGAGUCAUCAAGAUGUGGGAUCUGAGGAAGAACUACACAGCGCUCCGUCAGGAUCCUGUUGCUCUGCAGACGUUUCCGUAUCCAGGCUCCUGCAUGCGUAUGCGCCUUGGUUAUUCUGGACUCGUUCUGGAUUCCACAAGAUCAAAUGUCAUGUGUAACUGCACUGAUGAUAACAUCUACAUGUUCAACGUCAGCGGAAUAAAAACUUCUCCAGUGGCUGUUUUCAGCGGCCACCAGAACUCCUCCUUCUAUAUAAAGUCCUCCAUUAGCCCUGAUGAUCAGUUUUUGGCCAGUGGUUCAAGUGACAAUCACGCAUACAUCUGGAAGAUAUCUGAUCCUAAACGUCCUCCCAUGAUGCUCCAAGGUCAUAGCGAGGAAGUUACAUCUGCAGCGUGGUGCCCGACAGACUUCACAAAGAUCGCUUCCUGUUCUGACGACCACACUAUACGGCUCUGGCGGCUUCAUCGGGAAAUGGAUGGAGGCCAGUCCUCUGUGGGAGAGGCCAACCUUGUCGGCUGGACACGUCCGAAGUCUCCAUCCAGGCCAUUAAUCCAGGCUGAGACAACCCCUGCUAAGAACCAGAGAACACAGAGCCUUGGCGGACUGGCCUCGCCCCAGCUCGCUGCCUGUGCUCCCAGCGGUGCAGCUCUGCCUCUGCCUUCCAGCACCACCUCGCCCUUGCAGUCUCAGGAUCCCAAAGCGGCCGCUGUUCGGCAGAGAACACCGUCAUCCAUCAAACAGUGGUUGUCCCCCAGCCACGGAUCCCCCGGUCAUGUAAGCCCUGCUGUCCGGACGGCGCUGAGCCCCCGUCCUCAGAGUCCACCGAGCAGCAACUCAUCGCCCACAGAGAGACGAGCCAAACGCCGACUGGACACGGGUGGCGGUGUGCGUCAGUGUUGUGAAAAAGCAGAGCAGUGUGAGUGUGUUACUGAAUUGCUCCCUGAGGCAAAGAGAGGCAGGGUGCUGUCAGGGAUCUGCUGUCCUGCCCAGGAGGACCAGGUCCAAACGGACUGUCACACAGAGGACAAACGAGCCUCACCAAGACAGACCGGCAAAGAGAACUGCUCUCCUGGAGCAAAGGACUGGUUGUCAGUGAUGGGCCAAAAGAUGAGGAAAGGUCAAGGAGGUCUGAGUUUUCCCAGAAGCCCCAGUGCUUCCAAGAGACAAGAGGGCAAGACACCAGCUUCUCCGACCACCCGUUCACCACAUACCAUGAAGAAAAUCUCCACAUAUUUCACAAAAAGGACUGUGGAGUGACCUACCCAGCGCUCUCCAGAUGAUUUUUUUACUUGUUUAAAAUUCUACCUUUUUAUUCAGAGUAAUUUUAAUCAGCAUUCACCUAUGUCCAAGUUAUUUGACUUUUUGAACUUGGACUGCACAGAGACUGACAGAAUAGAUUGUUCUGAAUAUUUAAUGCUGUUUUCACAUCCUGAGAGGCUGUUUUUUGUAUUUGAAUUGUCUGAUAGGUUUUGCAGUUGCCUCCUACACAGUUUCUUGAUGCUGUGCAAAAUCUAAAGUUGAAAGUUACAGCUGAAUGUCACUGACUGAAUCUAUGAUUUUUCUCAAACCUAACAACUCAGAGAUGCCUGAGAUUUUUUGGGGGGAUUUAUAUACUACAAAUACUUCACUAAAAUGGAAAUCAUCACCAGAUCUGUAACUGCCUUGAACUCUUGUCCUGUCUGUUACUUGUAUGAAAUCUUAAAACUGUGACUUUCUGUGAGUAAGUGCUUGUUGUUUGUAUGUACAAAAUUACCAGUGAUGUUUGCUUGGUUCCUUUUGUAUUUAAUUAACUGUUGCUGUCAGAUUUUUAUUAAACCGAGACAUUUUUUCC